AUGAAUAAUGAUUUACAGAAGAAAGGAAACAAUGAAAAUUCAAAAUUAAAUAGAGAAGAAUAUUUUUAUUUAAAAGAAAGUAGAAAAGAUAUAAAAAGUGAUGAUAUUAGUAAUAAUAAUAAUAAUAAUAAUAUGAAUAGUAAUAACAUGAAUGAUGUUGAAGAAUUAUUAAAUAUAAAUAAUGAUAAAUAUGAUGAAAAUCAAUUAAGUUUAAUAAAAGAAAGUUUAGAAUAUGGAGAAUUACUUCUUUCUAAUAUAAAAGAAGCAAAUCAAAAUAAUGGAGAAGAAGAUUUAAAAUAUAGUGAUAAUAUAAAUAAUUCUGAGUUAAAAGAUUACAAUGAAGAUUCUAAAUUUUUUCAAGAUGAUAAUAAAAGCUUUAGGCAUUCUUUAUGUGUGAAUGAAUUAAAGAGUAGUGAUGAAGAUGAAUUAUUCAAUGAUAAAAAAUAUAAUGAUAAAGAUACACUUAUUAAUAUGUUAAGAAAGAAAUUAGAAAUGAAAAUUAAAGAUUAUAAUUUAAUUAUGGAUACAUUAAUACGUAGCAAAGAAGAAUGUAGUAAAAAAGAAGAACAAGUAAAAGAUUAUAAAAAUAAAUAUAAUAAGAUUGAAAAAGAAUGUUAUGAAUUAAAAAAUGAAAUUGAAAGAAGUAAAAAUGAGAAACAUUUAAAUAUUGGUAGUUUCUCAUUUUAUAAAAAUGAAUAUGAUGAUAUGAAAUAUAAAUUAUUAAAAUGUGAAGAAAAGAAUAAAAAUCUUAUAAAUAAAAAUGAAGAAUUACAUGAAUCUAUCAUACAAAUGAAGAAUGAUAUAUCUAAUCAAAAUAUAAAAUAUAAAAAAGAAAUAGAUUUAUUAAAACAAGAUCAAACAGAUAUGAAAAUUCAAAAAGAAAACAUUGUCAAACAAAAUAAUGUUCUUAUAGAAAAAUAUUUAGCACAAGAAAAAAUUAUUUUUAAAUUAAAGAAACAUAAAGAAGAACAAGAAAUAAUAAUAAAAGAAUGUCAUAAAAAAAUCGAACAAGUUAAUAAAAAUUCAGUAGAUCACUUAAACAAAGUCAGAGAUGUAUUAAACAAAUCUCUUAUCAAAUCAGAAGAACAUGUUAAAUUACAUACAAGAUUAAAAAAAGAAAAUGAAUCCUUACAAUUAGAAAAUAAUAAAUUAAAUAAAAAUAUAGAACAAUUAAAUGAACAAAUUUUGAAUUAUAAAAAUCUUAUUAAAGAAUUUGAAAAGAAAUAUAAAGAAAUUGUAGAUAAAAAUAAUUCUCUCUUUUCAAUAACACAUGAUUUUAUUAAUUUAAAAAAUUCAAAAAUUAUUAUAAUGAGAAGAAAUAUUGAUAUCAAAGAAAUGUUUAAAAUAUAUAACUUGGAAUUGGAAUUAUAUAAUGAACACGAUCAUUUUUCUGUUUUAUAUAUAUAUGAAAUAUUAUAUAACAAUAAUAAUAAUAAUGAAGAUAAUCAUAAUGAUCAUCAUAAUGAUCAUCAUAUGAUGAUGAUUGAAAAUAACAACUCUGCUAUCAAUCGAGAUUCUAAGAGUUUACAUAAUAAUAUUUAUAAUACACAUUAUGAAAAUAAUUUAAACAAUUCAAAGGCAUCCUUAAGAUAUGUUAAUAAUAAUAAAUCUGGUAAAUCCAGAUCAAUAAAAUCAAGAUCUAUAAAAUCAAGAUCUCAUUUUUCGGGUGACAAUGAAUAUAUGGACGACAAUUUAAAUAACAUUGAUAUGAAGGAUCAUUUUAAUAAUAUUGAAAGAUAUAAUUAUUUAUCUACUCGUAAUGAUCUGAAUAAUAUAUAUAAUAUGGAAGAUAACUUAUCUUAUAAUAAUAAGAGUGAUGAUUAUGAUGAAGAUAGAGAUGUACAAAAUAAUAGUUCUUAUAUAAAAAUAAAAAAACAUAAAUAUAAAAAAUUAAAUGAUUUAUUAAAUAAAGCACAAAUGAAAAUCAUAACAUUAACUCGAUCAAAUGAAAUCUUUGAAAAAUAUUGUUCAAAUAUUAAAAAUUCUUUAAUAAGAGAUGAAAUGAAGAAAUUUAAAAAGCCAGAUAUAAGUGAUUCACAUAUUUUAUAUAAUGAAAAAACAUAUCUAGAAAAAUUAUUAAAUGAAAAAUUAAACUAUAUAAAAAAUAUAGAAAAAAAAUUAAAUGAAUUACAAAAUGUUGUAAAUAAAAAUAAAGAUGAUAUAUUUACUCUUCAUGUUGAGAAACAAACUUUGAUUAAAGUUAUAUCAUCUGUAUAUGAUUAUAAAAAAAAUAAGGAUGCAAAUUAUAUAUUUAAUAUGAAUAAUGAUACAUCUUAUAAGAUGUUAAAUAAUGAUAAUCUGUCUGCAAGGAAAGAUUUUUAUAAUAUAAAAGAUGACAAUAAUAAUGACAAUAAUAAUGAAAAUAAUAAUAUAAAUAUGAUGAAUGCACGAUUAAAUAUAAGUGUUGAGGAAUUUACAAAUUAUAGAUUAUCACUAGAACAGUUUAUUCAAUCAACUAUAAAAGAAAAUAUUUUAUAUAUUAUGAAAAAUGAAAAAAUAAAAACAUUAAAUAUUAGUAAAGAAUCUGUAUCAAUAAAAAAGAAUCACACAAAAAAAAAGAGUAACACCAAUAAUAUUAAUAAUAAUAAUAAUAAUAAUGAUGAUAAUAAUAAUAAUGAGGAGGAGGAAGAUGAUGAUGUUGAUGAGAACUAUUUGUUCAGUUGUAUGCAUUAUAAUGAUGAUGGUAUGAAUAAUAGAAUCAAAGAAAAUAAUAAAGAAAUAUUAAAAGAAGAUAACAAAUUAUGCAGUUUUUCAAAUAAUGAAUAUAUUGCUCAUUCUUUUAAUAAUAUAUUAUUACAGUUGUCUAAUUAUAUUUAUAAUAUUGAAUGUAAACAAAUGGAAUAUUUUAAAAACAGUAAUCUAUUGAGUUAUGUUGAUGAUUAUAAAAUUACUAUAGAAUUGUUUUAUAGAUUAAAAAAAUAUAAUGAUGUAUUUAAUAUUGAGGAAAUAUUAGGAACUGAGUAUUCGUCUGUAUUAGAAAGAUUACACGAUAGUAUUAUAAAUGGGUUCACUGAUCAGGCUAAUAAUAAUAAUAAUAAUAAUAAUAAUAAUAAUAAUAAUAACCUGUGUGAUGAUAAUUAUAAAAUACAAUUAAUCGUUGAUGAAUUAAAUAAAUGCAAAAAGAAUUACACAGACGAAGAAUUAUAUGAAAUUAUGAAAAAAACAAAUUUUGAAAUAUUUAAAAAAUAUAAGAAUUUUUAUUUUAAUCAUUUUAUAAAUAUAAAUAAUAUAUUCAAUACAAUUAUUAGUUUUCAUUUACAUAAUAUUGAAGAUAAAUAUAAGAAGAUAUAUGAAAGAUAUUUUAAUUUAUUCAAUUUUAAUUUUAGUAACGUAGAGUUGUCUUUCGAUUUGUUUCUACGUCGAUUUGAUAAGAUUAUUCGUUUGACAAAUAAAUAUAAAGAAUUAAUAGAAGAGAACUAUGAAAAAAUAAAAAAUAAUAAUAAAAAAGAAGAAUAUUUGAAUGCAUGCAUAAAAAAGUUAGAUAUGAAUAUAGAGAAAUAUAAUAAUGAGAAAAUAAUAUUAAAUGAACAAAUAAAUGAAAAAGAAAAGAAAAUCAAUAUAAUAAAUGAAAAAUAUUUAUUAUUAGAAAAAGAAUAUGAAGAAUAUCAAAAUAAAAAUUUAUUUAUUAAUGAACAAUUAGAAAAUUUACAAAAAGAAAAAGAAGAAUUACAAGAAGAAGUUAUACAAAAAAAUAUUAUAAAUAUAAAAUUAAAUGAAAAAAAUUGUGAUAUAAUAAAAAUAUAUGAAAAAGAAAAACAAUAUUUACAUACAUUAUUACAAGAAUAUAAAGAUAAUCAUAAUUUUUUAAAAGAUAAAUUUGAUAAUCUAUUAAAUUCAAAUGAAAAAUUAAAAUAUGAUCAUGAUAUUUCUUUAAAUAAAAUUAAUGCAUUAUGGUUAGAAGAAAAAGAAUCUAAUAAAAAAAAUACAUAUCAUAUAAAUAAUUUAAAAGUUCAAAAUAAUAAUCUAUUAUUAAAAAUUAAAGAAUUACAAAAUAAUUAUAAUCUUAUGAAAAUUGAACUUAAUGAAAGAAUUAAACAAAUUAAUGUUUUUAGAAAUCAUGUUUCAACAGUAUCUAUAAGAGAUAAUAAAAGUAUAAGAGCUUCAAUACAUCAUCUGAAUAAUACACAUUUAGGUGUUCUAUCUACAUCUAAAAUUAAUAAUAAUAUAUCUACACUAUAUUAUUCAAAUAAUCUUCAUAUGUCUCAUCGUCAUGGUGUCAUCAAAAAUAAGGAAGAACCUGAAGCUAGUUCUACACACACACGUUUGAAUAAUAUGUCUAAUAUGGAUGUUACAAAUAUGUCAAAUAUAAUAAAUAAUAUGGAUCAUUUAAAUACCAUCAGUAGUGUUAAUAGUAAUCAUUUAUAUCAUCCACACAAUUUUAAUAAUAAUUUAAAUUCCUCUAAAAUAUUUCCAAUUAAUGAUGCUGCCUUCUCAAAUGUGCUUAAUAAAAAAGGUGAUGAUUUUAUUUUCAAUAUAAAAAAUGAUAGUGACGACAAUUCCUUUAUAGAAUAUGAAAUUAAAAUAAAAUCGUUACAAGAAGAAUUAUGUGAUAAAGAAUCUGAAAUAUUAAAAAUGAAAGGCGAACAAAAUAUUUUAAUCACUUGUAUAGAUACAUGGAAAUGCUUCUGUAAAAAUAGUAAAGAAGAAAUUUCGCGUUUAAAAGAAAUAUGUAAAGAACAAUUAGAAAAACAUAAAGAGUUUUUAUUAAUAAAUAAAUCGAAUGAAGAUAAAAUCAAAUAUAUUAAUAGCUUAUUAUCUGAUGAGAAAGACAAAUAUGAUAUUAUUGUAAAAGAUAUAAAAAGUAAUAUGGAAAAUGAAAUUGACAAAUUAAAAAAUGAUAUAAAUGAUAAAGAUUAUGAAAUAAAAGUAUUAAAACAUGAAAAUAAUAAUUUAAUAAACAAAAUGAAUGAUUUAAAAAAUAAAGAAAAAGAAAAUAAUAAUAUAAAACAAAAAGAAGAAGAUUAUCUAAAACUAAUUAAACAAGAUAAAACAAAUAUUCAAAAUGAAUAUAAUGAUAUAUUAGACAAAUAUAAUAAUGUUGUUGAAAAAAAUAAUAUAUUAUAUAAUGAUAUGAAUAUAUUAAUUAAAGAACAUAAAGAAGAAAUAUUCUUAUUAAAAGAAAAUAUAAAUAUAUUAAAAAAAGAUAAUACAUAUCUAAAUGAUAUGUUUAAAAAUCAAAUCAAUUAUAUUGAUAAUACAUUAUUAAAAACAAGAUUGGAUCAAUUAUUUGAUAUUAAUCAAGAUUUACAAAAAAAUUUAGAUAUCAAUCAGAAACAUGUAGACAAAUUAAAAUAUGAUUAUAUAGAAAUUAAAGAACAAUUAAAAAUAGAAAAAGAAAAAAUUAUUAAACAAGAAAAAUAUAUACUACAAUUACAAAAAGAUAAUAAUCUUAUAUUAAGUGAUUCUAAUUCUAUAACUAAUAAUACGUAUCAACAAUUUAUUCAUAACUUAAAAGCGAAUCUAGAAAAUUCAAGAUUAGAAUUAAAAGAAUUAUCAAGUCUUUAUGAAAAAAUACAAUUAUCUGAUGAAAAAAAUCGUAUGAAAAUAACUAUACUAGAAGAAAAAUUACUAAAAAAUCAAAAUGAUAAAAAUAAAUUACAACAACUUAUUGAUGAUAAUAAUAAAAAUUAUAUCAUACAAUAUAAUAAAAUAAAAACAAAUGUAGAUAUGCUAACAGAAGAAAAUCGAAUCUUGUUAUUAAAUAAAGAAGAAUAUGAGAAACAAAUAGAACAAUUAAAUAAUGAUCAUAAAUUAUUUAUAUCAACAAAAAAUAAUGAUAUCGAAAUUAUAGAAAAGGAAAAAUUAAAAGAACAAGUAGAUCAAUAUAUAAACACUAUCAAUGAGAAGGAGAAAAUAAUUGUUCACUUGAAUUUACAAAUAAAAAAAUUGGUUAAUCAAAAUGAGCAAAUAAAAUCAAGGUAUGACUUUUAUAAUGUGUUAGAUGUGCAGGAGAAAAAAAAAAAUGAUAACAUUGGAAGUGACAAUAUGUGUGAUAAUAAUAAUGAUAAUAUGGAUGAUAAUAAUAAUGAUAAUAUAUGUGAUAAUAAUAAUAAUGAUAAUAUGUGUGAUAAUAAUAAUAAUAAUAAUGGAGAUAUUAAUAAAAAUGAUAUAUGUGAUGGUCUUGAUGCUAAUAAUUCCUAUCAACAACCACAUGUGACAGAUGUCUUAGAAGACCAUAAUAAAGAAAGGAAUUUAUCACAAGAAAUAUACAAAUAUAUAAAUGAAAAUAUAGAUCUUACUUCCGAAUUAGAAAAGAAGAAUGAUAUAAUUGAUAAUUAUAAGAAUGAAUUAAAAGAAAAGAAUGAAGAAAUAUAUAAAUUAAAUGAUCAUAUUAAUAUGUUAUCUAAUAAUUGUAAGAAAUUAAAAGAAUCUAUUAUAAUGAUGGAAAAUUAUAAAAUCGUUAUGAAUCAUAAUAUUAAAGAAAAAGAUGAAAUUAUUGAAAAUUUAAAAAAUAAAUAUAAUAAUAAAUUAGAUGAUUUAAUAAAUAAUUAUUCAGUUGUUGAUAAAAGUAUUGUAUCAUGUUUUGAAGAUUCAAAUAUGAUAAGUCCAUCAUGUAAAGAUAUUUUAAAUGUGUUUAAUAAUUUGUCGAAGAGUAAUAAAAAUAUAUGUGCAAAUAUUGAUAUAUGUAAGGAAAAAGAUAUAUAUGAAAAUAUGGACAUAAAUCCAAGUAAUAAUAAUAUAAACAUAAAUAAUAAUAACAUUGAGAGUAAUAAUAAUAUAAACAUAAAUAAUAAUAAUAAUAAUAACAUUGAGAGUAAUAAUAAUAUAAACAUAAAUAAUAAUAAUAAUAUUGAUAAUAAGUGUAGGAAACUUGUAGAUAUGAAUAAUUAUCUUUUUAAUAAUCUUCAAUUAAAUAAAGACAAUGAUAAUAUUAUUAUUAUAAAAUUUAAUAUUUUAAAAUUAUUCAAACUAGGAUCAUGUUAUUUAUAUAUAAUAAAUCGUAAUUUAAAAGAAAUUCAAAUAUUAAAAAAUCAAAUAAUAUCAUUAGAAGAAAGUAUUAAAAGUUUAAAUGAAUUUAUUAAUAAUUUAAAAAAUGAAAAUGAAAAAAAUGAAUUAAUAAAAAUAAAUAAUUUACAAGAAAUUUUGAAAUUAAAAAAUAAUUUACAAGAUAAUGAAAAUUCGAUGCAAAACUUAAAUGAUUAUUUAAAAAAAAAUGAAGAAUUAAAUAAAAUGAAUGUAAAAAAUAUUUUCAAAUAUAAAGGAUAUAUAAUACAUUUAAUACAACAAACGAAUAUGUUUUGCAAAAUUUUUAAAAGCGUUAAUGAAAAUAAAAUAAUUGAUCAAAGUGUUAUAAACAAGCUAAUUUAUUUAAGAAAGUCAUUCGAUUUUUAUAUGUAUGAAUCGGUUAUAGAAGAAAUUAAAGAAAAUAAAAAUAUAUUAAUAAGUGAAGAUUUUAUAACAGAUGAAAAUUUUAAACAUAUACAAUUAUUUACACAGACAUGUAAUGCAUUAAUUCAAAGAGGAUAUUUGACAAUGCUAAAUGAUUCAAGAAGAAAUGAUAUCUUUUUAAAAAACAAAAAUACUGAUCAAGAAGAAAAACAUAAUGAUAGAGAUAUUAAUAUAUAUAAUGCAUAUCAAGAGGAUCUAAUCAAUGUAGUAGUAGAUCAACAACAUAUUGUAAAUAAUCCUGAUCAUAUAGAACAAUCGACGCAAAAUAAGCAAGCUUAUAUAAAUAAUAGAGAAAUAUAUAUCCAAAAAAAUGAUAAUAAUAUUAAUAAUAUUAAUAAUAUCCAUAUGAAUGAUGAGGGUAACCAUUUUAUAAACCCAUUUAAUAACAACAAUUUGUUGAAUAAUAAUAAUGUUAAUUCUCAACAAAUAAAUAAUGAGACCUUACAAAGAUAUGAAGAAAAUAUUAUUCAAAAUGUUUAUUCUAAAGAUAGCGCUGGUAAUAAUCAAGUGUUAGACAAUGAACAUAAUAUUCAUAUCAAUGAUAAAAAAGAUAGUAUAAAUAAUGAUGAAUUAAAAAAUGAACAUAAUAAUUUAAUUAAAUUGAUCAAUGAAUCGAUAGAAAACGUUCAUAAUCUUGGAAAUAUAUAUGAAUCAAAUGAUAAAAAUAUUUUGAUAAAUAUAAAAAAAAAUGAAACUGAUACAUAUGUUGAUGAAAAGGAAAAAGAACAGACAAUACAAACAAAAAAUAAUAACUCUUCCCCAAAUACAAUUCUUGAAAAUAAUAAUAUUCAUAAUGCUUUUGUCUUUGAAUCGUCAUCUAAUAUAAAUGAUUAUAAUAAUAUAUUAAAUGUUAAUAAAGAUAACAUCCAAGAAUUAAAUAAAUCAAAUAAUUUUUCAUCAAACCUUUCAGAAUAUAAUUAUGACACAUGUGUAAAAAUUUUCGAAGAAGGAAAUGAUAUAGAAAAUAAAGGACAACAAGAUAAAAAAAGAAAAUAUUAUUCAGAUUCUGAAAUAACAAAAGAAAAUGGCUAUCUGGAAGAAUCCAAUUCGAUGAAAAUAAGAAAAGUAAGCGUUAAAGAAGAUAAUGAUGAUAAUAAUGAUGAUAAUGAUGAUAAUAAUGAUGAUAAUAAUGAUGAUAAUGAUGAUAAUGAUGAUAAUAAUGAUGAUAAUGAUGAUAAUAAUGAUGAUCAUGAUGAUAAUAAUGAUGAUAAUGAUAAUAAUGAUAAUGAUGAUGAUAAUAAUAAUAAUAAUAAUGAUAAUAAUAAUAAUAGUAAUAUUUCUUAUCAAUGUGAUGAUAGUUAUCACAAUGAAGAAAGUUAUGACGAUCAAGAAAACAAACAAAAUAAUUAUAGUAACAAUGUAAAUACCGAAUUAAAUAACCAUGCGACAAUGGAAGGUGUUUCUAUCCUUAAUAAUAUUAAAGAAAAUGAAAAGAAUUAUUUUUCUAAUGUAUAUGAAAAUAAUUUUAAUCUACAAGUUGAUCAAAAUGUUCCAGAAGAUUUACAAAAUUAUGAAGACUAUGUAAAUAAUAAUAAUGAAGAGGAAAGUAACAAAAGUUGUUAUAUAAUUUCUUCAGAUGAUGAAGGUGACAAGAAAAAUGAAUCCAAACAGAAUGAUGAUGAUAAUUAUGAUGAUGAGGACGAUGACAAUUACGAUGAUGAGUAUGAUGACGAAGACGAUGAUGAUAAUGAUGAUAAUAAUACGGAUGAAGACGAUGAUGAUAAUGAUGAUAGUAAUAUGGAUGAAGAUGAUUAUAAUGAUGAUAAUAAUAUGGAUGAAGAUGAUUAUAAUGAUGAUAAUAAUAUGGAUGAAGACGAUGAUGAUAAUGAUGAUAAUAAUAUGGAUGAAGACGAUGAUUAUAAUGAUGAUAAUAAUAUGGAUGAAGACGAUGAUUAUAAUGAUGAUAAUAAUAUGGAUGAAGACGAUGAUGAUAAUGAUGAUAACAAUAUGGAAGAAGACGAUGAUGAUAAUGAUAAUCAUAAUGAUGAUAAUAAUGAUGAAGAAAAUUCUUCGUGCCACAAGGAUAAAAAUUAUAAUAUUUAUGACGAUCAAGUUAAUAACAAUAAUAUGGAUAUGAAUGCUCAUGAAAAUUUAGAUCAGAAAAAUGAACAUAUAAAUAACGAUUUAUUAAAUAGUGAUCAUGAUAAUAAUACAAAUAAUGUAACUGAGGAGUUAUGUAGUGCUGAUAAUAUAAGUAUGUCGCACAAUGAAGACCCGUCUAAUGAUACAAAUGAAAUUCAAAAUCCUAUAAGUAUUCUAUCAUCUAAUGAAAAUAAUGAAAAUGAUGAAACUGUUGAAAAUAAUGAAAAUGUUGAAAAUGUUUAA